UUCAUGUCUCGCAGCCAUCGCUUUUAUAUAAAGAGCGCCGUCUCGCUAUCCCUUUCUUCUGGCUCAUUUCAAGCGAGUAAAAACCCUAGCGACAGCAGCAGCAGCAGCAGCCGCCAUGGUGAAGUACUCGAGAGAGCCGGACAAUCCCACCAAGUCCUGCAAGGCGAGGGGCUCCGACCUCCGCGUUCAUUUCAAGAAUACCAGAGAAACAGCUUUUGCCAUUAGGAAGUUGCCUUUGGUUAAGGCCAAGAGGUACUUGGAAGAUGUGCUCGCGCAUAAGCAAGCCAUACCCUUCAGGCGGUUCUGUCGUGGUGUUGGUCGAACUGCUCAGGCCAAGAACAGGCAUUCAAAUGGUCAAGGACGCUGGCCCGUAAAGUCAGCUCGAUUCAUACUGGAUUUGUUGAAGAAUGCUGAGAGUAAUGCUGAGGUCAAGGGAUUGGAUGUGGACGCACUCUUCGUCUCUCACGUUCAGGUAAACCAGGCUCAGAAGCAAAGACGUCGUACCUACCGUGCUCACGGAAGAAUCAAUCCUUAUAUGUCAUCUCCCUGCCAUAUUGAGUUGAUUUUGUCUGAGAAGGAAGAACCUGUGAAGAAGGAGCCGGAGACUCAGUUGGCCACCAGCAAGUCCAAGAGGUCACAGGCUAUGAGGAGUUCUGCAUGAGGCUAACGCCAAAUGAACCAGGACACACCCAACAGAGACUCAUGUUUUUCUCAGGCCUUUUUUUGGAGAGUUGCUUCAGUUUUCCCCAUAGAAUGUACUCUGGAUUUUUGGAACAAUGUGAUUUUUCCGUCAGUUGCUAUGUCCCGACUUUUAUUUGCAGUAUUGAGGAUAGUGUAUUAAAUUUUAAUUUCCUCCAUCUUUCUCUCUUC